AUGAUCCUCAACUUAGUUUCAAUUAUAAUUCUUUUGUCAUCAAUAUUAACAUCUGCUAAUCCAGUUGCUAAAAGAGCUCCAAAACAUUUAUCAUUUCCAUUGGAAAAAGUUGAAAUUAAUGAAACUUCCAAUGAUUUGAACAAGAGAUCUUCUGAUGUUCCACUUUUAAAUUCAUAUAAUUGGGCUUAUUUUGCCAACAUAGCUGUUGGUUCAAAUAAAACACCAUUAAAAGUUCAAAUAGAUACAGGUAGUUAUUCAUUAUGGGUUCCAGAAAAUACUACUCAAGAUAGUCUUAAUCAAUUUAAUCCUUUUAAAUCAAAAACUUUUAAAAAUGAAACUAAAGUUUAUGGUGCUGCUUAUGGAGGUGGUGCUCUGGCUCGUGGAUAUUUUGGAAAUGAUGAUUUAUGGUUACCAGAUGGUACUAAAGUUCCUAAUUAUGAAUUUGGAGUUGUUAAUCAAUAUUCAAGAUCAAUUCCAUUUUGGGGAAUAGGACAAGGUUCAAAAGCAGAAAAUUAUACAAUUACAUUAGCAAUGAAAAAUGCUGGAUUGAUUAAUCAUGCUGGAUUAUCAUUAGAUUUAAGUACUGAUGUUAAUAAAAAAGGAAAUUUAUUAUUUGGAGCAAUUGAUAAAGCAAAAUAUGAAGGAGAUUUGACUAUCUUACCAUUGCUUCCAGGUGGAUAUAUUGCUGGUAAAUCUUUUACAUUCUCUAAUGGUAAAGUCAUUGAUCUUAAAGGAGAUUUCUUAUUAGAUAGUGGUGCUGCUUUUAUAUAUAUGCUUAAAGAAUGGGCAGAUCCAAUUUUAACUGAAUUGGGAGGAGGAAAAUUAGAUCCAGAUUAUAAUUUUGAUUGUUCAUUAAGAAAUGAAAAUAAAAAUUUAACUAUAAAUCUUAAUGGUGUUGAUAUUAAUAUUCCAUAUUAUGAUUUAUUUUAUCAAUAUGGUUCAACAUGUAAAUCAACAAUAGCAAUUGGAUCUAAAUCAAUGCUUGGUAAUAGUGGGUUAUUUGGUGAUACAUUUUUAAGAUAUGCAUAUGCUGCUUUUAGUUAUGAAAAUAAUAAAGUUGGAAUUGCUCAAGCUGUUCAUAAUGAUGAAACAGAUAUUAUUGAUUUUUAUUUUUAA